UUGGUGUCGGCAGGGUCCUCUCGGACUCGGCAAGCGGCACCCGCCGCUGGUGGAGUGCGCCGCAUGCGUUGGACAAGGGAUAUGAACGCAAACGCAUUGCGGGCGUACUAUAGGGCGAAAGGGGGAGAAACUGCGGGGAUCGCGUAUCGGGCUCGGAUGCAUCGCUUUUUUACUGAGCUGGAGCCGUCUAUUACUGUCACCGAACAAAACCUGGCAGACCGAGUUCGGUAUAUCUUACGCUCAAAUAUAUUUGAUGGCGCCGAACUCGAACGGCUACGACGUGAGGCUGUUCCCUCAUCAAAUGAAAACGCUACGACUGAGGGUGCGGUGCCACAAGUUGCAGAACAACCCGCACACGUGGAUGCCGCCGAGAAUACCCCAGUGGUUGCUGAUUCAAAUGAUGAUGGAACAUUCACCCAGGAACUAGAAAUAGAGCAAAUGAGGAGUACAUUGGAAGAGGCGAUUAUGGAAACGCGCAGUACGCCUCUCGAAAAUCGACCGCGACUUCCCCGCAUAGCCCUAAGCAAGCGGAAUCGGGCUGUCGUGAGGGCUCUGAACCCAAUGCUGGUGACCUAUUUGGAAGCCAGCCGGGACCUUUGCGAGACGGACUCAAUUCUCUUUGGCGCCGCACUGGCAGUCUGCCGUAUUAUAGGCGCCAAACUUUCCACGGCUGGACGCACUACUGGACAAAGUAGUGCUAUCCCAGCCUGGAGAACAAGAAUUGAAGAACGUAUCGCAAGGGCUAGGGCCCUCAUCGGCAGACUGAUAUGCUUCAGGUCAGGCAAUACCAGGCCAAGGAUUGUGCGCACCGUCAGGAUGGCGUUUGCUGGGACAAAUGUUAGUUUGUCCCAGCCGGAUAUAAUGCAAAAACUGACGGAGCGCAUAGACGACCUGAAGCAGAGAAUCGCUGCUUGGGGAAAGCGAAUUCGGCGAUAUACCGAGAGGUCGACACGGUUCAACCAGAAUCGUCUCUUCCAGAGUGAUCAGAAGAGGCUCUAUAAAUCAUUGGAGCGACCAAUGGUAAGUGGAACGGGCCCAGUACCGAAUCAGGCCGACACGGUCGCAUUCUGGCGCAGCCUGUGGUCAGAGCCCGUAAACCACAACGAGGGCCCUUGGACGGAAGUUGUGGCGAGUCAGUGUGCGGGUAUUACGCCCAUGGACCCCGUCACCAUAACGCCGGAUGACGUAGCUGAGGCGGUCCGUAGGGCCCCGAACUGGAAAAGUCCGGGACUCGACGGGCUGCAUCACUACUGGCUGAAGGGGUUCGUGGUGUGUCACACUGUGCUCGCCCGACAGUUUCAAGAGGUUCUCAACCAGAAGUCGCUCCCGAGCCUCUUCACUACUGGGAUCACCCAUUUGGUUCCUAAAGGCCAGGGGCCGCUGCCUGGGGGUCGCCGGGGCGCGUCUGGAGCUGGCGCUGGACGCGGCAGCAUGCGGGCCGCCAGCCGAGCGCGAGGAGCUGCAAGAUCACCUAACAGCCCCCCGCAUCCAUCAUCCCCACCAGACGGCUUGAUGUCGGCAGGGUCCUCUCGGACUCGGCAAGCGGCAUCCGCCGCUGGUGGAGUGCGCCGCAUGCGUUGGACAAGGGAUAUGAACGCAAACGCAUUGCGGGCGUACUAUAGGGCGAAAGGGGAAGAAACUGCGGGGAUAGCGUAUCGGGCUCGGAUGCAUUGCUUUUUUGCUGAGCUGGAGCCGUCUAUUCCCGUCACGGAACAAAACCUGGCAGACCGAGUUCGGUACAUCAUGCGCUCGAAAAUAUUCGAUGAUGCCGAGCUCGAACGACUACGACGUGAGGCCAUUCCCUCAUCGAAUGAAUUGGCUACGGCUGGGGAUGAGGCUCCUCAGGCGACAGACCAGCUGCCACGCGUAGAAGCCGCCAUGGAUCUUCCAGUUGUGGGUGAUUCAGACGAUGAUGAAAUGGACUCCCACGAACUAGAGCAAAUGAGGAGUAUAUUGGAAGAGGCGAUUUUAGAAACGCGCAGCAUGCCUCUCGAAAAUCGACCGCGACUUCCCCGCAUACCCCUAAGCAAGCGAAAUCGGGCUGUCGUGAGGGCUCUUAACCCAAUGCUGGUAACCUAUUUGGAAGCCAGCCGGGACCUUUGCGAGACGGACUCAGUUCUUUUUGGCGCCGCAGUGGCAGCUUGCCGUAUUAUUGGCGCCAAAUUUCCCAUGGCUGGACGCGCUACUAAACAAAGUAGCGCCAUCCCAGCCUGGAGAAAAAGAAUUGAGGACCGUAUCGCAAAGGCAAGGGCCCUUAUCGGCAGACUGAUAAGCUUCAGGUCGGGUAAUAAUAGACCGAGGGUUGUGCGCACCGUUAGUAUGGCGUUUGCUGGGACAAAUAUCAGUUUGUCCCAGCCGGAUAUCACGCAGAAACUAACGGAGCGCAUAGACGACCUGAAGCAAAAGAUUGCUGCUUGGGGGAAGCGGAUUCGCCGAUUUACCGAGAGUUCAAGGCGGUUCAACCAGAAUCGUCUCUUCCAGAGUGAUCAGAAGAGGCUCUACAAAUCAUUGGAGCGACCAGAGGUAUGUGGAGCGGGCCCAGGACCGGAUCAGGCUAACACUGUCGCAUUUUGGCGUGGCCUGUGGUCAGAGCCCGUAAACCACAGCGAGGGCCCUUGGACGGAAGUUGUGGCGAGUCAGUGUGCGAGUAUUACGCCCAUGGACCCCGUCAUCAUAACGCCGGAUGACGUAGCUGAGGCGGUCCGUAGAGCCCCGAACUGGAAAAGUCCGGGACUCGACGGACUGCAUCACUACUGGCUGAAGGGGUUCAUGGUGUGUCACGCUGUGCUCGCCCGUCAGUUUCAAGAGGCUCUCAACCAGAAGUCGCUCCCUAGCCUCUUCACUACUGGGAUCACUCAUUUGGUUCCUAAAGACCAGCAAUCGGCACCCGCCACUGGUGGAGUACGCCGCAUGCGUUGGACAACCCAGAUGAACAGCAACGCAUUGCGGGCGUAUUUUAGGGCGAAAGGUGGAGAAACUGUAAGUUUUGCGUAUCGGGCAAGGAUACAUCGACUUUUUGCUGAGCUGGAGCCAUCUGUAACCCUCACCGAGCAAAAUCUGGCAGACCGAGUUCGGUAUAUCUUGCGCUCAUAUACAUUUGAUGUCGCUGAACUUGAACGGCUACGACGCGAGGAUGUUCCUUCAUCGGGUGAAAAUGCUGCGGCUGAGGAUGCGGCGCCACAACUCGCUGAGCAAACCGCAAAUGUGGAUGCCGCCGUGAAUACGCCAGUUGUGGUUGAUUCAAACGAUGACGGAACAGUCGCCCAGGAACUGAAACUAGAGCAAAUGAGGAGUAAAUUGGAGGAGGCGAUUGUGGAAACGCGCAGUACGCCUCUCGAAAAUCGACCGCGACUUCCCCGCUUAGCCCUAAGCAAGCGGAAACGGGCUGUCGUGAGGGCUCUGAACCCAAUGCUGGUUACCUACUUGGAAGCCAGACGGGACCUUUGCGAGACGGACUCAAUUCUUUUUGGCGCCGCACUGGCAGUCUGCCGUAUUAUAGGCGUCAAACUUUCCACGGCUGGACGCGCUACUGGACAAAGUAGUGCUAUCCCAGCCUGGAGAAUAAGAAUUGAAGAACGUAUCGCAAGGACUAGGGCCCUCAUCGGCAGACUGAUAUGCUUCAGGUCAGGCAAUACCAGUCCAAGAAUUGUGCGCACCGUCAGGAUGGCGUUUGCUGGGACAAAUGUUAGUUUGUCCCAGCCAGAUAUAACGCAAAAACUGACGGAGCGCAUAGACGACCUGAAGCAAAGAAUCGCUGCUUGGGGAAAGCGGAUUCGGCGAUAUACCGAGAGGUCGACACGGUUCAACCAGAAUCGUCUCUUCCAGAGUGAUCAGAAGAGGCUCUACAAAUCAUUGGAGCGACCAAUAAUAAGUGGAACGGGCCCAGCACCAAAUCAGGCGGACACGGUCGCAUUCUGGCGCAGCCUGUGGUCAGAGCCCGUAAACCACAACGAGGGCCUUUGGACGGAAGUUGUGGCGAGUCAGUGUGCGGGUAUUACGCCCAUGGACCCCGUCGUCAUAACGCCGGAUGACGUAGCUGAGGCGGUCCGUAGGGCCCCGAACUGGAAAAGUCCGGGGCUUGACGGGCUGCAUCACUACUGGCUGAAGGGGUUCAUGCCGGAUAUCACGCAAAAACUAACGGAGCGCAUAGAUGACCUGAAGCAAAAAAUCGCUGCUUGGGGGAAGCGGAUUCGACGAUUUAGCGAGACGUCAAGGCGGUUCAACCAGAAUCGUCUCUUCCAGAGUGAUCAGAAGAGGCUCUAUAAAUCAUUGGAGCGACCAGAGGUAUGUGGAGCGUGUCCAGGACUGGAUCAGGCUGACACUGUCGCAUUUUGGCGUCGCCAGUGGUCAGAGCCCGUAAACCACAGCGAGGGCCCUUGGAUGGAAGUUGUGGCGAGCCAGAGUGCAAGUGUUACGCCUAUGGACCCCGUCACCAUAACGCCUGAAGACGUGGCUGAGGCGGUCCGUAGGGCCCCGAACUGGAAAAGUCCGGGGCUCGACGGGCUACAUCGUUACUGGCUGAAGGGGUUCAUAGUGUGUCACGCUGUGCUCGCCCGACAGUUUCAAGAGGCUCUCGAUCAGAAGUCGCUCCCGAGUCUCUUCACUACUGGGAUCACUCAUUUGGUUCCUAACGAUCAGGAUACCACAGAUCCGAGCAAAUACCGCCCCAUCACGGCGAAAGGUGGAGAAACUGUAAGUUUUGCGUAUCGGGCAAGGAUACAUCGACUUUUUGCUGAGCUGGAGCCAUCUGUAACCCUCACCGAGCAAAAUCUGGCAGACCGAGUUCGGUAUAUCUUGCGCUCAAAUACAUUUGAUGUCACUGAACUUGAACGGCUACGACGCGAGGAUGUUCCUUCAUCGGGUGAAAAUGCUGCGGCUGAGGAUGCGGCGCCACAACUCGCUGAGCAAACGGCAAAUGUGGAUGCCGCCGUGAAUACGCCAGUUGUGGUUGAUUCAAACGAUGACGGAACAGUCGCCCAGGAACUGAAACUAGAGCAAAUGAGGAGUAAAUUGGAGGAGGCGAUUGUGGAAACGCGCAGUACGCCUCUCGAAAAUCGACCGCGACUUCCCCGCUUAGCCCUAAGCAAGCGGAAUCGGGCUGUCGUGAGGGCUCUGAACCCAAUGCUGGUUACCUACUUGGAAGCCAGACGGGACCUUUGCGAGACGGACUCAAUUCUUUUUGGCGCCGCACUGGCAGUCUGCCGUAUUAUAAGCGUCAAACUUUCCACGGCUGGACGCGCUACUGGACAAAGUAGUGCUAUCCCAGCCUGGAGAAUAAGAAUUGAAGAACGUAUCGCAAGGGCUAGGGCCCUCAUCGGCAGACUGAUAUGCUUCAGGUCAGGCAAUACCAGUCCAAGGAUUGUGCGCACCGUCGGGAUGGCGUUUGCUGGGACAAAUGUUAGUUUGUCCCAGCCAGAUAUAACGCAAAAACUGACGGAGCGCAUAGACGACCUGAAGCAAAGAAUCGCUGCUUGGGGAAAGCGGAUUCGGCGAUAUACCGAGAGGUCGACACGGUUCAACCAGAAUCGUCUCUUCCAGAGUGAUCAGAAGAGGCUCUACAAAUCAUUGGAGCGACCAAUAAUAAGUGGAACGGGCCCAGCACCAAAUCAGGCCGAACCGGUCGCAUUCUGGUGCAGCCUGUGGUCAGAGCCCGUAAACCACAACGAGGGCCCUUGGACGGAAGUUGUGGCGAGUCAGUUUGCGGGUAUUACGCCCAUGGACCCCAUCGUCAUAACGCCGGAUGACGUAGCUGAGGCGGUCCGUAGGGCUCCCGAACUGGAAAAGUCCGGGGCUUGA